AUCAUGGGGGCUGGGAGUGCCAAGGGGCUACAGCAGCCUGACGAGGACGAAGAGGAUCGGUUUUCGUCCUCGAGCGAGCAAUGGGGCAACGACCAGUCUGCUUCAGACGACAGCGGAAGGAAAGACCGGGACACGUCGCCCGAGUCCGACGUAGAGCCGAAAGCGCCGCCUGCAGUAGAGAACGGCGAGAGUUCGGGGCAUGAGGAGAUGGAGGGGAAGAGGAGAGGCCUUUUCCACUUCUCCAAAAAGAAGGACGAGAGCGACAAAGACAGAGUCGACGAGUUCGUGGACGAAACGAACGAGGACGACAAAAAGAAGAAAGGGGGAACGAAGAACAACAAAGACAAUGCGAAGAAGGACAAUGAGAAGAAGGGCUUCAGACUCUUCGGCUGGAGGAAGGACGACAAGAAGAACGAGAAGGACGAAGCCCUCGACGACGACAUCAACGACCUCGAGAAGACCUUCGACUCCCUCGGGAUCGUCGGCAAGAACUCGUGGGGCGACGCUCCUGCAAACCCCCCGAAGGAGGCGGUGGACGACCUGGAGCUCCUGGAGCCCAUGAGGAAGAGAAAAAAACGUCCGAGUGCGAGGUCCGAAGGGCAUGAACGGCGUCGUGGCGGGAGGGACCAAAGGGCAGAGCGGCAGCGGAGGGAGCGGGAACAGCGACUUGGGAUCGACCACGUCAAGAAGGACCUUCAAGUACUCGUGGGAGACGGAGACGGGGUCCUCAACGCCGAAGCAGCAGGAGGACGAGUGGGAGUACAAAGCGGUCAUGGCCGCUGGAUUGGUAUCAGCAGAGACUUUCGACGUCUUUUACCAAUGAUUCAUCGAGGGUGAUUAAGUAAACGCAGGAGCGAAACUCGGUCAAGGUGUUCCUAGGGAGCCGCGUUGAAACUCGUCAACAUCCGUC